UUGCUUGCUUUGUGAAAAGUCACAAUUUGAGAACACCCAACCAACUCCAUAGAGUCUUGAAAAGCAAGCGAAAGCUGAAUUCAACCCACCGCCACCUCCACCGCCGUCUCAACCCAACGCAACCCCUUCUCCUCCACCCAAAUCUACAACAACAAUGGCAUACGUAGAUCACGCUUUCUCCAUCACAGACGAAGAUCUCUUCGAAACCUCCUACACCGUCAACAACAAGCCACCCAUCAAGGAGAUCGGCCUCGCCGUUUCCCUUCUCGUCUUCGGCGUUCUCGGCAUCGUCAUCGGCUCCCUCAUGGCCUACAACCAUGUCGGUGGUGACAGAGCUCACGGGCUGUUCUUUGCAAUACUGGGAAUGCUCUUGUUCAUACCUGGUUUCUACUACACAAGGAUUGCAUAUUAUGCCUACAAGGGUUACAAAGGGUUCUCUUUCUCUAACAUACCUCCUGUUUAGCAUCUUCCUAGCUAGUAGCUAUGGUUAUAAUUUAAGAUCACAUAGUGUCCACUUGUACAGAACUACAGAUCUUCCCUGGUUGUACUCUAUGUUCUUUCUUUCUUUAUUGUGUUUUGGUUCUUUUUUGUUUUCCUUACAUAUAUUGAGUAUUUAGAUUGUAAUUUGUAAUUGACCUCAUGAGCUGAAUAUAAACUGCUACUUAUUAGUUAUUA